AUGAUAACACACUCAGUCAGCCUGCUUCUGCCGCCGCCCCUUCCUCAGUUCAGAUAUUCCGCCGCCGUUGCAGCCACAGCUAACGGUGGCAGUUUUAGCCCUUUUCAUUCCCUUUCUCUCUCUUCACAGAGUAAAACAAGUUUCGCCUCUUCUCUUCAGAAAGACAAGGGAUUUGAUUUAUUCACCGUUACUGCAAGUUCUUGCCAUGAAAAAAAUCUUGCCUGGGGAAAUGCUAUUGAACUAUAUAGAGGGUACACAUUGGUAAUACUAAAGCUUAAAGUCUCGAACGAAACAAUGCAGUUUCGUUUCCACGACCCUUCUGUUCUUGCUAAAUCAAUUAAUUGUCGUUGUGGAUAUAACAAGAACGAGAUCGCGAGUAGUUUUGGUUCUGAUGAAGAUGUCUCGGUCUCGGUUCAAAUUCCGACCCAAGCACAAUCACUUGUUGAAGGGUCGGGGGCAGUUUUGGUAUCCGAGUAUAAGCCUGCCACCGACGUGGACUACUUACAGUUACGUACUUUCAAGUCUUUAUUUUAUGUUCGACUUGAAUAUUAUGUGGUGCUCGGGUUUCCAUGUUCUUAUAUAUAUUCCGUUUGCAGAAAAAACCAUAUAUUUACAUCAGGGGCGUCGGGCACUAAUGCUUCUGUCAUUAGAGGAACACUGCGAGCUCAAAACCCGGAGCUGCUCACUGUAAUAUUGCCACAGAGUUUGCAAAAGCAAUCUCCCGAGAGUCAAGAAUUGCUUUCUAAAGUAAAAAAUGUAAUCGAAAAGCCUCAAAACGAUGAUCUUCCAUUAAUAGAAGCCAGCAGGUUGUGCAAUAUGGAUAUAAUAUCACAAGUGCAGCAAGUGAUUUGCUUUGCAUUUCAUGACAGUAGAUUGCUGAUGGAAACAUGCCAAGAAGCAAAGAAUUUGAGAAAGAUUGUUACUCUCUUUUACCUCGAUUGAUAUUCAUAAUAUCAUCUCUCACUUAUUUUGGCCUAUGUGUGUAAUUUAUAUAGUUAGAAUUUUGUUACCGUAGUUAAAACCUCUAUAAAUUAAUAGAGUCGGGAUUGACAAAA